UGUCUGCCAACCCUGAUGACAGACAAUUGAGGACGGCCAAACAAGACUCUGACGUGUCAUUUUGGAUAUCAAAGAGCAGGGAUUAUGAUCUAUUUUGUGUUAUCUCACCCAUUCCACCUCCCACUCGCCUGCGAACACGUAAAGGCGUCCAAUCACUGCCCCUGCGCGCCUUCAAGUCAGCGCGCAGGGGCAGUCUCGAGCGGUCCCGGGCACUGCGCAUGCGCCGAAAGUUGCUGCCGCAGACAGCAGCAGCAGCAGCAGUGAUUCGGCGGAGGCGCAGGGGCAACGGGAGACAAUCUGGUCCGUUCUUCAAAAACCAUGGCGACGCACUAGACGAUGCCUUUCGCGGCGGUGAACGGAGAUGUGAGGAGUGUACGUCCCAUGUUACAUUAGUGUCUGUGUGAAAUGCUGGCCUGUCUACCGGUGCCAGGUGACCUCCCCCUCCAGCUUAUCCCCCACACGCAGAUGAACACUGGACUUCAGAAAUGGGACACCACACAAAGGAUGAGAUCCACUCCAUUUCCAACCCCUGCAGAAUUGGAUGCAUAUGCUAAGAAGGUUGCCAACCACCCCUUAAGCAUCAAGAUCUUCCCCAACAGCGUUAAGGUCCCCCAGCGAAACCACGUGCGCCGCACAGUCAACGGGCUGGAUACGUCAGGCCAGCGCUACAGCCCUUACCCUUCGUCUCAGGCCAGUGCCAAGACAGGCCUCCUCGCCGUCGUCAAGGUUCCCACAGUCAAAGGCAUCCUGAAAGAUUUUGACGGCAGCAGGGCUCGCUUGCACCCUGAAGUCGUAAUGAACCAUCCCAGUGGACCAUACCAAGUGGCUUCGACCAGCACUUUAAAUCACCACCCACCUCUGCCAAACCUUCCCCUUUCACAAAGCUUACCCCUCCAACCACAGGACCCAACUCAGGCUCUGCAGAUGCCCCUCCCUCAGCACCAGGUUCACACCCAGAGCCUCAGACACCCUCCCCACAUGGCCCAUCACCCUCAGGGCCACCCCAGACUUCAGACUCUGUCUCAGCACCCAGCCCUUUGCCAUCCACAGGGGCCCCCUUCUGUCAUGCUUCAGCAGCAGCACCUUCAGCAGCAGCAGCCGCCUCCUGGUCUGCAGGGGGCCAGAAAGCUGCCAGAGGGCGACGCACCACCCAAUGUUACAGUUUCUACCUCAACCAUUCCACUCUCAAUGGCUGCCGGGCUGCACCCGGGCCACCAGGCCGACCUGAGCAGCAUUGUGCAUCAGAUCAACCAGUUCUGCCAAGUUCGAGCCCAUGGUGCAGGAGCAAGCUCCAUGUGCGAGGGCCAGAUCGCCAACCCUAGCCCCAUUAGUCGCAAUCUGCUUAUCAGCGCCUGCUCCAGGGUCUCCAUGCACAGCAACCCUGCCACUCCUGGCUUCCCCCCACACAACUGCAUUAUUGGCCCUCAAGAGAAAGCCACGGCCCCAAUGGGAGCUCAUCCAGCACUCAGCAUGGCUGUUAUGAACCACUUGCCUUCCAGCCACACUGAUCUCAAGCAGCAGCACCAACUGCAGCAUCAUCUGCAUCUACAGGCUCAGCAGCAACAACAGAUACAACAUAACUCACAGCAGCAGAAGAUGUGCUCUUGGAAUCAGCACCAGUUGGCUCAUGUACCCCACAUUCAAAAUGGUGGGACCCACCUCUGCAAGCAGCCUUCCAGGGACCCCACCUUCCAUUUUAACGGCAUGGGCUACCCUGCAGAGGUGUGUGUUGGUCAGCCUUACACACUGAAACCUCCUGUAGAGAGGCCCACCCCCUCUCCCCCCGUCAACAACAACGGCAUGCAUCCUAUGGCUCACUACACUAAUGGUCAUUACUUCCAGUCCCACAUUUGGAACAGCAGCAUUCUACCCACACCCAACAGUGACAGCUCCGGGUCUCAGGACGUAGCCAUGCCAUUCCAUGGUGCAGGCCCAGGGGGAUGCACCACAUUAGACUGUGGGCCCCCUGGGGCUCCCCAUUACAGGCUAGGAGUGAGCUCCUCCUCCUCCUCCGCCCAAACUACUCUGAUGCAAACGGCAGAUUACUUGGGUGGGGACUUCCAGACGCCCUACUUCCGUGAUCAGAAUCUAGGGUUGAUGGGCAAGAUGCACAGGCCUACUCUGAGCAGGGUAGGUCCAGAGGUCGGCGAUGGCAGAACCGUUCUCCUCCAGCACCCAGGGUACAGAUAAGCUAUGGCCUUGUCUACACAACAGUUAUCAAAACCCCUUUGUUUAGUCUUAAGAAAGACAUGAAUAAAAUUUAAUUGAUAACUUAAACAAAUGAUCGCUAAUGUUAAAGAGGGUAAAUUAAUAUAUUUAAUGAAGAACAGUAUUUUUUUGUUCUUUUUCUUUUUUGAAUAAAUCUUGCAAGUGAUCAAUUGCUACUUUUAUUUUCUUGUUAAUGAGUGCGUUUACCUGGCACUUUAGGGAACUUUUUCAUGUGUGUUUGAGAGAGAGAGAGUGAGUGUGUGUCAUUCCCUUAUUCCUCUAUCAUACUUGCCUAUCUGUGUGCCUGGAUCUUUACAGAUCCUGUGUUAUUUCAACUUCAGACCUGUCGAUAAAAUUUUCUUAAGCAUGUAAGAAAGGAGAAAAACAAAUAGAUCCCUCAUUUAAAAAAAAAAGAAAUCCACUGGAUGUUUUGACAAGGUCUCUUUGUAUUAUUGGACAAAUUUUCAUUUUGGUGUCGAUCCUCAAAUCUCGUAGUAGCUUCAAGAUUGAACACAAUCAUUAGAAGACUUAAGUGAGACUAGGGAUCUUGUUUCAAUGCAAAGCUUUCCGUUACUGGAGACAGUAGUAGUGGAGGUUAUAUUCUUUUUUAAAUCUAAUUAUUUAUUUGUAUAGCGGGACUAUUCAACAUUGAUUCUACUCUGUCAGUUAAGAUAACAUGUAAUCAAGUUGCAUGUGCAUUGUAAAGAUCCAGCAGGGAGCAAAUAUGUUAAAAAAAGAAGAUGCUCUGUUCUGCUUAAAAUGCUGCAAUGAAUUCAGGUGUUUAAAGAAAAAAAGAAGACGACUUUUGUCAAUGCCAGAAACGUUUGGCAACACAGUUGUGAAGGCCAAAGUCAGGUUCACAAAGACACACUGUUACGAGGAUGUGCCAUUUAUGUUUUGUUUCCUUUUCAGAUCAUUUUUGUUACCGUGACAAAUGUAUUACUUGAAUAUUGAGAUUAUUUGUUUUGCAGCUGUUGAACAGGGAUUGGUUAGUUUUGAGGACAAAACUCUGGAGUAUAGGAAGCAAAUCCAACCACGAGUCCAACCAGAGUUUUGAUCCCGAACAGCGGAACUGAAGUGGAUUAAGUUUGUGUCGUUGCUACUGAUUUUGAUGUGAAGUCUGCCUGGAAAGACCAAAUUGAUCACUUGCAAGAUCACUUGGAGGUAAACAAAACUGACUUUCAAAUUUAAAGUGAAACAGCAAAUGCAUUGUUUAUUUUAUUGUACACUGGCUUACCUACUAGACUACUGUAACUUAAAACUGUAAUGAUUGUGUGUGAAUGUUGCCUGCUGAUGUGGGUAGAGUUCAGGGUGUGUAUGUGAGAGAGGGAGAGCGAGUGUGUGUAUUAACACAGUGAUGCCCAUGUUUUGUUCACUUAACUCCCUAACAGCCCUUAAAAAGCCUUAAGUGUUUGGUCCUUGGACUUUCCUUUGCAAAUGAGCAUGGUUUUGAAUGAAAACCCCAAACAACAAGGAGAAGGAAGAUGGUAAGGAUACACACAAAUAGCAUUUCUUUUCCCUGAUCUUUUUUUUAUUUUAUUGAAGUUUUGUUGAAUAGACAGGCAAUUCAUUUGAAACUCUUCAUUAUGGAAAGCAAGAAAAGGAGGAAUAUUUUGUAAUUAUAUAUUUUAGCAAUGUGUAGUUACGGAGCGGUAAUUUUUUUUUUUUUUCUCCAAGUUUCAAAGCUUCAGUUUGCGGUUGUUACUAUUUAUAAUACUUGAUUUGCUUGUUAUUUAAAUUUCAUUUUCUCCUUUGUUUCUUGUACUAUUGCUGUGAAAUGGAAGAAGGUCCGUCAGCCUCUCUUCCGUGUCAUUCUGUACGACAGAUGAGAGGCAAGAGCGUGAGAGUUGUGCUACUCUUUUUGUAAUAUUGUAAUAAUAAAAUAAAGUUCUAAUUUAUGCUUUGAUAAGA